AUGGUUAAUGUACCUAAAACUCGAAGGACUUUCUGUAAGAAGUGUGGCAAGCAUCAGCCUCACAAAGUGACCCAGUAUAAGAAGGGCAAGGAUUCCUUGUAUGCGCAGGGAAAGAGGCGCUAUGAUCGGAAGCAGAGCGGCUAUGGCGGGCAGACAAAGCCAAUUUUUCGGAAGAAGGCGAAAACCACAAAGAAGAUUGUGCUGAGGCUUGAAUGUGUGGAGCCUAACUGCAGGUCCAAGAGAAUGCUGGCCAUUAAGAGAUGCAAGCAUUUUGAGCUGGGAGGCGAUAAGAAGAGAAAGGGCCAAGUGAUCCAGUUCUAAGCUUUUUCUUUUUAAUUUUGAAAAAAAUGUUGAAGCAUAGAAGAAUUACCUGUAGGAAAAUAAAUACAGUGACAUUCUUUCUCAAA